AGCUUAAUUGUAUAAAAACUACGUUUUACUUUACUUUGAUUUUUGUACCUUUGUAGUUUAGUCUGAUUAAACUUGAAUUUUAAAAAAUGGCUCGUUUAUUUAGUGCACUUUUAAUUAGCUGCUUCCUUUUUGGCUCCAUUUUCACGAGAAAUAUUGAACAAUAUGAAGACAGCGACAGAUUAGGUGGAGUAAUUGAAGCUCUUAUUAACGCUACCCUAAAUACUAUCCUUGGUAGAGUGAGCGACCCGAUAUACAUAGAAUCUUUGAAUGUCAAUCUAUCAGCCGACGCCUUAAAUGGAAAUAUCUCAAUAUCUAAACUUAAUUUAUAUGGCAUUAAAGACUUGGUGGCAACAUAUAUCAAAUCUGACAUAUUUAAUCUGCAAACUUCUAUGACCCUCAUAAAUCCAGAAAUAACUCUUGAGGCGGAAUACGACAUUAAUGUACUACUAGCCAGUUUGGUGCCAUUUUAUGGAGCUGGUAAAAUCAGCACUACAAUCGCCAACACCAAUGUGAGUUUUGCUGGAAAAGCAAACAUAAGUAAUGGUCUUAGUUUCUCGAACGUUACAAUUGGUUUUACUGUCGAUGAUGCCAAAUUUAGCGUAACUGGAGUACUAAACAACGAUGAACUAAGUGCACUGAUUACCGAGGCCCUAAACGACAAUGUAGCUAGUUUCAUAAAUACAUACGAAGAUGUCAUAAGUAGCCUAAUCAGUUCUGCUGCUGAAGAAAUUAUUAACAAUAUUAUAAAUGGAAACAGCACUGAAGAAAUCUAUAGCGACACUCUUUCAAUUAUUAAUGAUGCGUUCUAUCCCGUUCUAUCAAUUAACUAAGGAGAUAAAAAAAAUUAAAAAUACGAACAUUGUUUAUUUGAAUCAAUAAAAGUUAUUAACUAUUA